UCUGUAUUUCUGCACCUCCCCCCUCAAUCUCAGACUGCAGAGUCCUUCUGACCGGCUCUUGUCUGUCUGCUCCCGCCGCUGCUGUCAUGCCGUCCUUCUACUUGCGUGCCGUGGGGCCGUGCUCCAGAACGGUUAAAAGAUGGGUAGAAUCACAGAGGGGUACGUGCCGCAGGGCACACGCUUUGCGGGUACUGAGUGGGCAGAUGGAGCGUCUUCCACCAGCCGUGAGAGAGUUUGUCGUGAGAGGGGCUGAACUCUGCGAUCCCCAAAACAUCCACAUAUGUGAUGGAUCCACAGCAGAGAAUGACACCAUAAUAACUCUUUUGCAACAGGAGGGGAUGUUGAAGAAACUGCAUAAGUACCCCAACUGCUGGUUGGCACGAACUGACCCAAAAGAUGUAGCUCGAGUUGAGAGUAAGACUGUAAUUGUGACAGAGAAGCAGAGGGACACUGUACCGAUUCCUGUACCAGGAGUUAAAGGACAACUUGGGAACUGGAUGGCUCCUCAAGAAUUCGAGAGGGCAAAGAGUGAGCGUUUCCCCGGCUGCAUGAGAGGUAGAACCAUGUAUGUGCUGCCAUUUAGUAUGGGCCCAGUUGGCUCCCCACUGUCUAAAUAUGGGGUACAGCUUACCGACUCCCCAUAUGUAGUUGCCAGCAUGCGCAUAAUGACACGGAUGGGUGCACCUGUGCUAGAUGCCUUGGUGGAUGGAGACUUUGUGAAAUGUCUACACUCUGUUGGACAACCCCUUCCCUUGAAAGCCCCGUUGGUGAACUCUUGGCCCUGUAACCCGGAGAAGACCCUCAUUGCCCAUGUUCCUGAUUCUCGUGAAAUUGUUUCAUUUGGCAGUGGGUAUGGAGGGAACUCUCUCCUCGGGAAAAAAUGCUUUGCUCUGCGCAUUGCUUCUCGAAUCGCCAAGGAUGAGGGCUGGUUGGCUGAGCAUAUGCUGAUCUUGGGGAUCACAAACCCUGCUGGACAAAAGAGAUAUAUCGCAGCUGCCUUUCCUAGUGCCUGUGGGAAAACUAAUCUUGCCAUGAUGCGUCCAGCCUUGCCUGGAUGGAAGGUACAGUGUGUAGGGGAUGACAUCGCCUGGAUGAAAUUUGACAGUCAAGGUCGUCUCCGAGCCAUUAAUCCAGAAAAUGGCUUUUUUGGAGUGGCUCCAGGGACUUCAGCAAAGACCAAUCCCAAUGCGUUGAACACAGUGGAAAGCAAUACAAUAUUUACCAACGUGGGAGAGACCAGUGAUGGAGGCGUUUACUGGGAGGGACUCGAUCAACCAUUGCCACCAGGGGUCACUGUCACCUCCUGGCUAGGAAAAGCCUGGAAGCCAGGUGAUAAGGAGCCCUGCGCUCACCCGAAUUCACGUUUCUGUGCUCCUGCUGCUCAGUGUCCCAUUAUGGAUGACGCCUGGGAGUCUCCUGAGGGUGUCCCUAUCGAUGCUAUUAUAUUCGGUGGGCGAAGGCCAGAAGGAGUGCCAUUGGUGUACGAGAGCUAUAACUGGAACCACGGCGUGUUUGUUGGAGCCUCUAUGAGGUCGGAGGCCACAGCUGCUGCAGAGCACAAAGGAAAAGUCAUCAUGCAUGACCCGUUUGCCAUGAGGCCUUUCUUCGGUUAUAAUUUUGGACACUACCUGUCUCACUGGCUGAGUCUGCAGCAACGAGAAGGUGUACGUCUUCCCAAAAUCUUCCAUGUCAACUGGUUCCGAAAGGAUGAGCAGGGCAGCUUCUUAUGGCCUGGAUUUGGGGAGAAUGCACGAGUACUCGACUGGAUCUUCCGCAGAGUGGAGGGAGAAGAGAGUGCCCGUGCGAGUCCCAUUGGGUACCUUCCGGCAGAGGGGGCUCUGAACUUAGAAGGUUUGGGUGGGGUAGACACAGAACAGCUGUUUUCACUACCCAAAGGAUUCUGGGAGAAGGAGGUACAGGAUGUGAAGACCUACUUGUCUGAACAAGUGACUGAUGAUCUGCCCCAGCAAAUCAUGCAAGAGCUGGAGGGGCUUGAAGGAAGAGUAAAGCACAUGUAAAUGUGGUGAAACAGCAGGGAUAAAGUGCAAUGUGGAGGUUACCCUAAAAUUCUGGGAAGGGAACAAGUGCUUUUUUUAAACUGCACAUGUUCAUAUUUUCCUCCCUUAUGCAUCAUGGGAGAAAACUAGUGCCUUACUGCAGCUAAGGGGUCAUCUUCUGAUGGGUUUACUGGGGGGAAGGGGUUUAACUUUUAGAAGUACCACUGGGGGACAAGGGUCUCAUUGACCCAUUCAAUUACUGUUCCAUGAAGGAUGGUUGUGGGUUAUCAUCACCAAAAUGGGAUACAAUUAUUCGGUUAUCCGUGCCCAUCAUUAACUUUAUAGAUUGGGCCUGCAAACAUUUAUACCUAUGGAUCACUGUGCAAAUUGUAUUAAAAUACUGUAGGGUGCCUGUCUUAUUGUGUGGGGUACUUCACAAAACUUCAGCUUGCACUCUUUUCCAGAUGACUGCUAGUCAAAAGCUGAUAGAGAUAUAUACCUAGGCUAUAAUGGUUUAUUUGGCUAUUCCUUGUGCCUGAAAGCAACCAAAGAAUGGCUACUUACCACUCAUUGACGAGGUGAACUCAGGAAUUUGUUUUUGUGGGGGGGUUUUAUAUUCCAAUAAACUUUUUUUUUAAUGCCACAAAGUGUCGAGUUGAUAAGAAGGAAUAGAGCAAUAUUUCAGAUUAUACGCUACCCUUAAGUGCAUUAUUCAUCAGUGUGUUGAAGGGAGAAGAAAAAUCUGAUUGUUUCAAGCAGACCUGCAACUUUUCCCAAAUCCAACAUUAUAGAGUUCAGUGCGAAAAAUAAACCUGUGUAAGCGUGUUCACAGAGUAAAAUAUAUAAUGUACUAAAAAUGUAUCUUAAGUGCA